CCUGGUGCCAGGGCGCUGCUGAGCCACACCCAUGCUCUCAGGCUUGCGAGGGCUCCAGCCAGCCCUGGGUCCCUCCACGACAGGCGUAGGAAGUCACGUUUGAGGUUACUCAUGGAAAAAUUUGAGAAGGGUAGCGAAGACAGAGAGGAUGAUCCUGCUCAAAGUCAACCCUUCAAAAUCCCAAGAGGAGAAAUUCCUGAAGGAUUACAACAGGAAAGGAAAGCAGCAUUUGAGAAACUAGCAAGUCAAGGAAAUGCAAUGUGUAUUCCAGGACCCAGUACCUCUCAUGAAACUGUUCAUCCUAAGCCUCCUCUGGCAGUCAAGCCUUCAACUGAUGACAAAAGAGAGCAUGAUCCAAAGCCAUCACAUUUGAACCCAGUGGCACAAAGGUUUGGUGUUCAUCUUCAGCCAACUAACAGAGAAAAUUAUGGAAAAACUGAAUUCACUAAAUUCCCCAUCAAAACCUGUGACUCGGCAAAAGGGGACCCAAAGCCUCUGUGUCCAAAACCUGCAAGGAACAAGUUCCCCAGCUCUGCUCCUCCUGAUAAAGAAGAAAAUACUCUGGGAGCAAAACCAAAUUCAGAUUUGGCAUCACAGAAGAGUGAGGCAAAACCAGCAUUUCCAAAAGUAACUGGAAUUAAGAAAAAGCUAAUGUCUGCAGCACAGGAAAAUGUACCCAAGCCUUCUCUUUUUAAAAAACCUUCUUUUAACAUUGAGGUCUCUAACAAUACAGACGUUUCUAAUAAAUGUGGUUCUCUUCAAAGUAGUCUGUCAGGCCCUAGAACAAAUACACACUCACUUAAGAAAGUAAAGGAAAUGAGUGAAAAUAACUCAGCUGCAGAAGCUGCAGGUAGUCAUCUUCCUAAAAUAUCUCUGAAGCCUGCUGGCCACUCACAGAGCUUAUUUCAAGGCACCUCGAAAAACGUGGAGGAAGAGACUGAAGAAAAGGGAAUGAGUGUUAUCAAGACCACCAUUGCCAAGAAAGUCAACCAGGAAGGAUCAGAUUCUUCUCCUAAGUUUCAUAAAAUCAAUACAGCACUUGGUGCAGAAAGGUCAUCAGAUGAAUCACAAGAGAAAGAGGAUGGGGACAGGAGUUCAAGAUGCCCCAAGCAAAGGGUUUGGGACCCAGUGGUCAAGAUGGCCCCGAACCCACCAAAGCCUAACAGACCCCCACAUGUGGAACUACGAGGAUACCAGAAGAGCGCCCCAAAAAAGACAGCUAAAGGUUUGAAACUGACAGCACCUUCCUCAGCAGCAUCUGCCCCACAGUUUCCACCUCCUCCACCAAUCUCUUACCCAGCCCUGCAGGUUAAGGCAGCUCCCAGUCUGCCCCCCAGAAACAUCAAGCCCAGCUCUGAAACAAGAAAUCCAGAAAAUGAAGAAAAUUAUGAUGACGUGGAAUUUGUUUCACAGGGUCAUGGAGGUACACAGGGGGGCCAACAGAGUGAUGUUGAGAUGUAUGAAGAUAUAAAUGACAUCAGAUCAUCAAGGGAAAAAGAGAAGAAGCAGAACAAAGAAGAUAAGAGAAGAAUGGAACAAGAGAAAAGAGAACAAAAGGAAAAAGAAAAGAAAGAACUGGAAUUAAGGAAGAAGUUCAAAUUAAUGAGACCCAUUGAAGUUAUUCAUCAGGCACGAGCUUGUGUUGACUACAAAGGGGGGAAGAAUGAACUGACUGUCAAAGAGGGGGAUAAGAUUGAAAUCAUUCGCCUCACAGACAACCCAGAAGGAAAGUGGUUGGGCAGGAUAGGAGAAUGCUAUGGAUACAUUAAAACAACCAUGGUAGAGAUUGAUUAUGACUCUUUGAAAAGAAAGCAACGAGCACCUACUGGAGCCAAUGUGGAAUUUUCAGAGUGUGACAUGGAAGUGUAUGAUGAUGUUGGAGAGCAGGAGAGCUUGAUGAGCCUAGGUUCCGACAAUAGUGGAACUGGAAAUGUGUUCCCACCUCCUCCUCCUUCUAAUCAAGAUAUUUACGAUGAAAUUGAUGAUGGAGAACCCAUAGCAAGGUCUGUAUCACAGGAUGAAGAUAAGAAUGGUGUCUGGUCCUGGGGAAUCUUGAAGAGGCUAAAGGUCAAAGAUGACAAAAAGAAAAGUAUACGAGAAAAAACAACCAAAGUCAAUGAGGCAGAAGAUAAUGGAAAUUUAUUCACAUCUUCUUCAACAAAGCUGUCUGGAAAAGACUGUGGAGAGGAUGUGUACGAUGACGUGGAUUCUUCGGACUUCCCUCCACCGCCGCUUGAUGAUACUUCAUCAAAAGUAGCAAGCUUUGGAAAAAGGAAAUCAGAUGAAAAAGAUGUACAAAAGCAUGAACAGAUGGAAAGAAAAGAGAAAGAAUUCCGGAAAAAAUUCAAAUUUGUAGGUAAAAUAAAAGUUCUUUUUUCUACUACUGUGGUUCAGAAUUUGCCUAAAAAAAGAUGGGGAUCUAAAGAAUUACAUAUUAAACCGGGAGAGUCUCUUGAUAUUAUAGAAAGUACGGAUGACACCAAGGUCCUGUGCCGCAAUGAAAAAGGAGAAUAUGGCUAUGUCUCGAGAAGCAAUUUAGUUCAAAACGAAGGAGAGAUUUAUGACAAUGUUGCUGAGGACAUCUAUGAUAACGACUCAGAUGCAUGAUUCUGUUCAACUAAUGACUUGAAGAUCACCUCUAGUUUGGACUCCUACUUGUGGAAGCUCAAUUACAAAUUAAUUGGUUACACCCCUGUAAAUGUAGAAUUAACUUUUCUUAGGAGUUCAGCCUUUUGUCCUCCAUUGCUUUAAACUACAUUACAUUGCUAUUCAUCUGAGCCAUUAAAAUUCCCUUUAUUGAUGUUUUAAAUACAAUCAAAUACAAUUUGAAUACAUCUCAGAGGAGGGAUAUGGGGAUAUUAAAAAAAAACCAAACAACUGUGGAGAUAAUAGCCUAAAAACUGCUUUUUUACUGUAUUUAAAAUUACUGAUAAAAUACUGAAAAGCUGUACACAAACUUGAGUUUCUCCCUUUAUAUUUGCUAUUUAACCAGCAUCUAGGCAUAAAAAACUAGUGGUAAGUUUUUUCUUUUAUUUUACCAAUGCCAUUCACUGGAUGCAUUUUUUUCUCUCUUCUGAAAUUCUUUUGAAUAAAAGCAUACUU